AAUAUUUUCCAUUAAAAUAAAAAAUUAACGUAAUUAUAAUUUAGGAAUUUUUUUUUUAUUUCAUUAUAGUACUUUAGUGAAAAAAAAACAUUUCAAAUUUAAUAGAAUUAUAUAAAUAAAUUAAUUUAGAUUAGGAAUAUAUCUAGGGAUAAAAAAGAAAAAUAAUUUUAGUCUAGAAAAACAAAAACAAAGAGAUAAACGGCAAGUCAAAAAGAAAAAAAAAAAGUUUCUUUGUGAAAAUAAAAAUUUUCAUUGAAAGUCACACAAAUUGAUAAUUAGAAUAUUUGACUUGACAUCUGAGUAAUAAGUGAUUAAUUUAAAAGCAAAAAUGUUAGAUUUAGAAAUAGUACCAGAGAUUUCUUUGGGCUGUGAAAGCUGGGAAUUUAUUCUUGGAAUGCACUUUUCUCAAGCGGUGGCUAUAAUUCAAUCUCAAGUUGGUAUUAUUAAGGGAGUGCAAGUUUUGUAUUCAGAUACUAAUCCUCUCGGUGUUGAUAUCGUUAUUAAUUUACCCCAAGAUGGUAUUCGAUUAAUUUUUGAUCCUGUAGUUCAACGUUUGAAAAUUAUUGAAGUGUUCAAUAUGAAAUUAGUUAAAUUACGGUACAGUGAUGUAACCUUCAAUUCUCCUGAAGUUGUGCCAUCAAUCGAACAAAUUGAACAUUCUUUUGGGGCAACUCAUCCAGGAGUUUAUGAUGCUGCCAAGCAAUUAUUUGCUCUUCAUUUUCGAGGCUUAAGCUUUUUUUUCCCAGUAGAUAGCAAACUUCAUCCUGGUUAUGCUCACGGCUUGGGAUCUCUUAUAUUUCCAAGUGGUGCUUCACCAGUUGUUUCAAAAAUGUCUAUUUAUUCAGGUGGCAACAAUAUGCAAGAAAUUCGAGCUCCUCCCUUACCAUUUUCUUGCUAUAAUCGGCAAAUAUAUUUGGAAUCUGCGAGCGUAUUAAGAAAUUCAAAUGGUACAAGGGGUUUAAAAUUACAAUUAUUUACUGAUGGAUCAUUAAGAGCAUUAGAACCUCGUCGCCAAACUUUUACAAGAGAAAUUUUAUUUGGUGAUACAUGCCAAGAUGUAUCAACAAAUUUAGGAUCACCAAAUAAAAUAUUUUUUAAGAGUGAAGAUAAAAUGAAAAUUCAUUCUCCAAGCGCUCACAGACGUGCUCAAACAAAACGCAGUGAUAUAUUUUUCAAUUAUUUUACACUUGGAAUUGAUGUUCUUUUCGAUGCAAUAACACAACGUUGCAAAAAAAUUAUUCUUCAUACUAAUUAUCCGGGACAUUAUAAUUUUAAUAUGUACCAUCGAUGUGAAUUUCAAUUGAAUUGUACAGCAAGUGAUAAAACAAACCAGGAACCUCUUAACUCGCCAGUAAUUAUAUCAGCAUAUUCAAAAUGGGAUACAAUUAGUACUCGUUUAACACCAUCAGAAAGGCCAGUUGUGCUUCAUAGAGCUAGUUCAACAAAUACAGCAAAUCCAUUUGGUUCAACAUUUUGUUAUGGAUAUCAGGAUAUUAUUUUUGAAGUAAUGCCAAAUAAUUAUAUUGCAUCAGUUACAUUGUAUAAUACUGCAUCAUAUUGUAAGAAGACUCCAAAUUUAUGGCAAAAUAAAGGUUUACAAGAUAUUCGUCUAAAUGUUUGACGUUGACUUAAAUUGGCGAUUCGCUAAAAAAAAAAACCAUAAAACAAACAAAAACAAAAAAAAAAGGAAAUAUUUUUAUGCAGUUUAUGUGCAAACUCGACUUUUUAUAUGUUUUGCAUUACAACAAUAAUAAAAAAAAAAGGAUAAUAACUUUUUUCUUAAAAGUGAAGGUACCAUAAAAAAUAAUUAAAACAAAAAAAAAGAGAACUGAAAAAAAUCACUAAUUUUUUUUUUAAUACCGUAACUGAUAGCAUUUGUGGUAUUUAUUCAGAAUAAUUAUUUUAAAUUUAGAACUGUUUUUUUUUUUUUUUUUCAGU